CCUUUUCCGCGCGAGGAAGGAGGAGCGAGAGUAACGAGCGAUUUCUCUCGUUUUUUUGUUUGGGUUUGCUCGUUGGUCAUUUGGGAGAGCGGCAGCAGGCUGGAAAACCCGUGUCGAGCGGGGAGUGGGGUUGGCCGUGGGUAUUGUGCUAAGCUAAGGUGCCUGGUUACUGGUGGCUGCUGGUGACGACGUCAAACGCGCACGAUGCGUUUCGGGACGCUCACGCGAAUGUUUCGAUGACGGCAUUCUUUCAACAAUCUCUAUGGUAUGGUGACUCGUCGUCGUAGCCGUAGUGCGUCGUCGGCCCGAAAUCCGAAUCAGUCAGUUCCGUCCCGUCCGUCAAGUCGACCACGGAGUGGUACUCGUUGGUCACGGCCGUUGUUUCGUAGGGUCGUGAAUAAAGGAGAAUAAAAAAAGGCGAAACGACGAGGCGGAGGAGAAAGAGGAAAGAGGACGACGAAGGUGUCGUCGCUGGUUGGAUUAUCAUGGCGUCCGCCAAGAGAAAGCAAGACGAGAAACAUCUCAAGAUAUUGCGCGAAUUAGUCUCGCAAACAUCGAACAAGGAAUGUUUCGAUUGCCGGCAGCGAGGUCCAACCUACGUCAACAUGACGAUCGGCUCGUUCGUCUGUACCUCUUGUUCCGGAAUGCUGAGAGGAUUGACUCCACCGCACAGAGUGAAGUCAAUAUCAAUGGCAACGUUUACGCAGGAAGAGAUAGAUCUGAUAAAGGAGCGUGGAAACGAGUACUGCAAGAAAAUAUGGUUGGCCCUGACAGAUUCGAGUCUGCCUCAGAAUCUAGACCCGAAGGAUGAACAGAAGAUGAAAGAUCUGAUGAGCGCCAAGUACGAGCAUAAAAGAUGGUACCUGGAUCCGUCGCUGGCUAAUCAAAAUGUAAAUCAAAAGAAUCAAACAGCGAGUGCUCUCUCCUCUGCUGGGCGAUCGUCACAAGCGAGUAUUCCGAGAGUACCACAGGCAGGAACUAUGGCUACUCUCGCACCGAUCAAUAGAAAUAACAAAAAUUCAUCGGAGACUAUUGAGGCUGCUUUUACCCCUGAUUUUGGUGCAAAUUUCACCAAAAUUGGAGAUCCUUUCCAGUCUGCGACGACGAGCCCGCGUUUUACACACACGGUUUUACCGCAGCCGUCCUUUGCUAAUUUCGACAACAAUCCUGCCUUCAAUUCUUCCAACCAUGUCGAUUUAUCAACGUCAAAAACCACGACGACGAACUCUUCCUCAUCAUCCUCAUCGUCAUUGUUCAAUCAAUCUUUUGGAUCAUACAAUUCGUCGAAUUGUAAAAACGGCACGAAUGCUCCACAGUCGGAGGACAGAUACGCGGCUCUGAAGGAUCUUGACUCACUGAUGAAGCAGACUCAUUUGAAAGAAGACACGACGGCAACAGCGACCACGACAACGACGACUGCGAACAAAAGCAUACCGAGCGCUACCGCUACGCCUUUUUCUCCGUGGACGACUAACAACGGGAACCUCAACGCAUCAAAUUCGAUCUGGACCAGUAACAAUCAAACGCCUCACGUAAUCGCGAAUCCCUUUGCAACUGGUGACAUUUGGCUACCCUCGCCAAAUUUAAUAAACAACAAUAAUAUAAUAGCGCAAUCGUCGGAGAGCGGGGGCGGGCAAAUGUGCAACAAUUCGAUAAAUCCGUUCAGAACGGGCCAAUUGUCGUCGAACAACGGUGGAGCCGUUGAAUCUCAAUGGGUAGUGGGAAUUGGAUCGCCCGGUGCCGCGGAUGUAAUUCCAUCUAGUCAACUGUCGAAUCCGCUCUCUGGAAAAGUCUGGCAGCCGACCGUUUCGCCUUACCACGCAAAUCCUUUCAUGGUGGGGACCGGAGUUGCCAAUAUGGCCAGAAAUUCCAACAAUCCAUUCUUAUGAUCGAGCGAGCCGAGUCGGAUCGAAGCCGCCAACUUACCAACGAACAAACGAACAAAAUGCAACGCUAAAAUACGUAUACGUAGUUUAGUUAAAACUCAAUGAUUUUACAUGACCUCUAUUGGCAAUCAGUGCCUCUAACUUUUACCUCCCUCUCUUGCGAGCACGCUUACCCUCUCCCGGCCCUCCUUUACUCCCCUUUUAUUCGCAUAACUGACGUAAUACUUUUAUUUAUGAAUCAUAUAUAAUAUACACGUUGAAAUAAAGAUAAAUAUUUGUUA